GUUUUUUUUUUUUUUUUCAUAAAACAUUAUGGCAAAGCCUGUUUCACAAGACUAUUUUAAACCUUCUGAAGUCUCAUUUGGUGCAGGUGCACUUUCAGGUUCUUAUGAUCAAUUCAGUGAAUCAGAUCCUGUUGAGGCCUGUAGAGAAGCACUUAAUUCUGGUAUUAAUACUUUUGAUACUUCUCCUUAUUACGGUAAAAGCGAAUGUAUUUUGGGAGAUGCUCUUUAUCAGAUUCGUGAUGAGUUCCCAAGAAAUACUUACUAUCUAGCUACGAAGGUAGGUAGAUAUGGUUAUACUGUUAAAGAUUUUGAUUAUAGUGCGAGAAGAGUAUAUGAAAGUGUAGCUGAAAGUAUGAGACGAAUGCAUACAGAUUACAUUGACAUUGUUUAUUGUCAUGAUGUCGAGUUUGUUGAGUUUGAACAAGUUGUAGGUCAUAAUCAAGCUUUAGAAGCUUUAUUUGAUUUGAAAUCUCAAGGCAAAAUUAAAUAUGUUGGAUGUUCAGGUUAUCCUUUAGAGGUUUUAUUGAAGAUAGCAAAGUAUAAUUACGACAAGGGACAGCCCCUUGAUAUUAUCUUGUCCUAUUGCCAUUAUACACUACAAAAUACUCUAUUAGCUGAUUAUGCUCCUAAAUUUAAAGAGGUUGGAGUACGUUACAUCAUGAAUGCCUCACCUCUUUGUAUGGCUCUUUUACGUGAUGGUAUGACACCUAGUUGGCAUCCAGCCCAUGAAGCUAUUCGCGAAGCCGCUGAUAAGGCAGCGGCGGUUGCUGCGGAGAAUGGGCUUUCAUUGGCUAAUUUGGCUUCACGUUUCUCUUUUCAAGGUAGAGAUCAAUUUCAAUUGGACUCAACUGUGAUUGGUCUUGCGAGAAAAUCAGAGGUACAGGAUGCUAUUCGAUCUUGGAAAGAUGUAAAAGAACGUAAAAAUUCAGAUAAAGAAAACAAAGUGUACGAAAUAAUCCAUCAAUUAUUUGCUCCUUACAAAAAUUUCUCAUGGCAAAGCCCAACAGAUAAAGAAUUAUGCAAAGAAUAACGUUUAUAUAAAUAUUUCAAUAUAAGCAAAUACUACGUUUUAAUGUAAUAUAUACAUUAUUUUAUUAUGUUCGAAAAAAGAAAAAAAAAAGAAAAGAAAAAAACUUCUUUUUUAUAUUUGCGUAUGCGCAUAUAUGCAUUAAGCACCAU